CCGAGUUCCAACAAGAAACGGAUCUUGAACUGCAUGUUGCUCGUCCAACAGAUCCGUUGGAUUUGGCUUGUUUGGAGCGAAUGGGAGUUAUUCACCGUGUUCAGGACCAGUACCAGUUUGCAUCUCCGGGGGAGCUACGACUUCGGUCACCAGCUAGAAUCACUAUGUCCCCUGCUGCUGUCCCCACUGAUACUUUAUCUGCCGAAGAGGCAUGCCCUUCUACAUCCCUGCCAGGCCUACCAUCUAAACGGGAUGCUCAGUUCCAGAGUUUGCACGCACAGAUACAACGUCUAGACAGUCGAAUUGCCAAUAUCGAGCUUCAAAGUUCGCGGAUGGCGGAAAACUUGGCGGCUUACUUCGUUUCUGUGGGCUUCUCAUCGCCCUUUGCCCCACAUUCUUGAUCUUCAUGUUCAGGGACGUCCCUCUACCUUUCUUUUGCUCUUAUUAUCUUACA